GGAAUACAGGGAACAGAGGGGAGGCUGAAGAUGUGCAAGUAGAUAUGAGGGACAGGAGGGAUGAAUGGGGGUACAGGGAGAGAGACAGGGAUGUAGAGUAUGUGGGGUGCAAGAGGAGAUGGAGGAAGGUGGGGCAGGAGAAUGUGAGGUGCAGGAGGAAACUGAAGAGAGGGCUUGGAAACAUCUUUCAGGUGCAAGAGAAAAUGUGAGGGGUAAGAUGCUAUGAAGUUAUAGGGAGGGAAACUGGGGGCAGGAGUGUUGGAGGCAGAGGGAUAUAAUGUCAGUGGGAAGAGGAGCCUUGGUGGGGUUGAUAAGGAGGUGUUGACGGGAGAGAAACAGGUCAGUGAUAGCGGAGGAGAGUGCAGAAGCAUUGGCCAGCAGCUCCACCAUUCUAGGAGUUAAAGGGGUUAGGAGGAGUCCCCCUUGGAGUUCUCAGUGGUGAGGCUGCAUUCUGAUUGUGUGCUUCACUUUGAAUUUUGACCCUGAAAUGAUCUCACACACAGUGGGGCCAGGCAGCUCCCGCUAAAGAAUGCAAAACCAAAAUGCAAUUCAGAACCUCACAUGGGCUUACAGAUCAUUAGAGGUUUUUCUUUUUUAAAAAACUUGUGAUUUUUUGGGGGAGGUCAGACUCAUGACCAAAGGGGAGAUUUCCGGAAGAAUUAAUGUGCCGACCAAAUGUACUGGCGGCAGGUGAGUGAAGUAGGGAACAAGUGGGGAGAGUGCACACAUGUGCCAGAAAUGAAGGAGAGGGAGAGAGAUGAGGAGAUUUCAGCAUGAGAGAAGAGACAAAGGGACAUGAGCCAAGAAAAGGAGGGAACUGGGAGGAAAGGAAGAGAUUUCCGGCCUGACACAGUUGAGAGCCGAGCAGGAGCUGAAACUCUCAGAGUUGUGAGAAAAUUAUGAAGCCAGAGGAGAAGGUGAUCGGAUUUGGGGGCUAUGGAUUGUGCCCCUCUGUUGCUCCUCUUGGUCCCCAUUUUUUUCCUGGGUGCCGGGAUCCUGAGCAAAGCCGAGAUACAGCUUCAUGAGGAAGGGCCUGAAAACCUGGAGCCUCCUGACAUGUUAGAAGGGGGAUCAGGAGAGACUGCUUGCCAGAGUCCUGAGCAGGAAGAAGCCUGCGAGAAGCAGAAGAGGAACCAAGUCGGGAAUCGGUCACCCCUUAGGAGUGUGUGAGAACAGAUUCAGACUUCCCCAGCCACUUUCACAGGGCAGACCUGGGACCAUGGGAGAUCUUAAUAGCCAAGAGAAACCCCAUAAAUGUAUAGACUGUAGGGAAAGCUUCCAUGAAAAGCACGAACUCUUGGCCCAUGGGAGAGUCCACAGGAGGGAAAGAUCCCAUCCCUGCACUGAAUGUGGGGAGAGGUUCAAGCAUCGGUCAGAGCUUUCUAAACACCAAAGAUCCCACAUGGGGGAGAGCCCCCAUUCCUGUGGGGAAUGCGGGAAGAGCUUCCGGCAUCUGGCUACACUUGCUGCACAUCACCAGAUCCACAUGGGGGAGAGACACCAUCCCUGUGGUGAGUGUGGGAAGAGGUUCAGCUGCCCCUCAGAUCUCAGCGAUCACCAGAGGUUGCAUGCUGCCGAGAGGCGCUAUUCCUGCCCUGAAUGCAGGAAAGGAUUCAAUCACCCCUGCGAACUGAGUAGGCACCUGCGAAUGCACACGGGUGAGCGCCCCUUCCCCUGCCCUGAGUGUGGGAAGGGGUUCAGCCAGAGCUCAGAUCUCAACAAACACCUGCGGGUACACACGGGCGAGCGGCCCUUUCCCUGUGCUGAGUGUGGGAAAAGGUUCAGCAAUAGGUCGGAUCUCAACAAGCACCUGCGGGUCCACACAGGCGAGCGGCCCUAUCCCUGCACUGAGUGUGGGAGGAGCUUUAGCCAGGUCUCCGCACUUACCCUACACCAGAGAACCCACACUGGAGAAAGACCCUAUGUCUGCGACGUGUGUGAAAAAGGGUACACGCACCCAUCAAACCUCAUUAAACACAAGAAAAUCCACAUGGGGGAGUGACCCUGGGGAAGGGUUUGGGGAGAGAGCACCUCUGGUGUGCUGCCAGAGAAUCAGCAGCAUCACGAUGGCAGAUCCCAAGGGACAGAGCCUCCUUGCAGAUCAAGUGCCACCCAGGCUGACUUCUAGCUAGAGCCUACCAGAGAAUUCAGCUAGAUAAGUGAGAUCUUGCUAGACAUGGACUUCGCUCCAGACGUAUGUGUAUAAUAAUGUGAAACUGAGGAACAGGAACCAAUACUACAGAGUUUGAGAGACAUUGGCCCCUGCCCCUGAUUCCCACCAUCUCCUCCCAGAACCAGUGAUUUAAACCACCACUGGGAAAUGAGGAAGGGCUUUCUCUGAAGAGUUGUCCACUGCCAGAAAUUCCCUAGCAGCAAUUAGUCACUUACUUGCAUUUUACCAGUCAGGGGGUAUUUUAUUUUCAGAGCAUAUUUUUUGGCAAUUCAUGUUGUGCUGAACAUGACCACAGUCCCUUCUCUUACUGCAUCCUCUCCCCAAAUACUUGAUCCUGAACCAGAUACAGCCUGUGUUUUAAUGUGGAUAUAAUUGUUUGGUAUCAUUAGGCCCAGUGUUUCCUUCCCGGAUUCAUUUAAAACUCCAGUUGUUAACAGAAAAAUUAAUUACAAUCUAAGAUUAGGAGAGACCCUGAAUUUUCCCACUUUCAGUGACUUGAAAUGUUUGCAGACUCUGACUUUAUUGAAAGCAGCCUAGGAAAAGGUUGUUCAGGAUUCAAAAUAAAUGUUUCCUCAGCUCCAAUCCUCUCCUUGUAUGUUUUCAUCUACUGAUUUCUUGUGGUGUUGGCACUCAAAUGCAGAGCCCAUGGAUAAGGGUCUGUCUACACAGCGUCAGGAGCACUAAGUAACAAGACAAUGGGUUACACACCUCACAGUGGCUUUAGGCUAUGUCUACACUAUGCUCCAGCCAUACUGUUAAAAGGUGCACAGUGUAGUUGCUCUCCCACCAACAAAGCACUAUUCAUUUUUGCUGGUAAAACUUUUGUCGUUCGGGGGGGGGGGGGAGGGGGAUGUUCACUCCCCAAACAACAAAAGUUUUACUGACAAAAGUCCAGUCGAGACAAAGCCUUAGAGAAGAAGUUAGGAAUAGAAGCAGUGUCUAUAGGGGCUUUGGUGGUUGCUUUUACUCUAUAAUAAUGACCAUUGAGAAGCAGAGGUCAAGCAUGUCCUGCAGAUUAAUGACUUACCCAGUGUCAUAGAUAUUCCUGCAUUCAUCCAUAUAGCAUGGGAAUAGUGCAAGUCACAACACUCAGGCAAAGGAAGCUGCAACAGAGUGUGAAUGACACAGUUCUUUAAGACCAGAAAGGACGUUUAUGAUCACCUAGUCUGAUCUCUUCCAUAACAAGCUAUAGCAUUCACCCAGUGAAUUCCUCCAUCAAGCCUGGUUAAAAUGUGUCUUUCAGAAAAACAUCCAAUCUUGAGUUAUCAGGGGGUAGUCGUGUUAGUCUGUAUCCACAAAAACAAC